CAAAUCCAGAAAAUCGAGAAAGCUCGUUCUCUGUCUGUCUUCGUUUUUCGAUCUUUUGAAGCGAGCCUCUCCGGCAUUUCUUCAGCUUGGCUCUUUCAUGGCGGCAAAACUAUCGACAUGUUUCAGUCUCUCGUCGCUUUAGCUUUAAAUACGGGGCCGAUGAAAUGAGCAGUCCUUACCAGUUUACCCUCUUACCUUCGUUUUCAGGUAGAUUUUUCUUUGAUUCGAUUGCUUACCUUUUAUUUCGUCUUUCCCUUUUUCUUCUGUUCUGCACUUUUGGCCAGUGUGAAUCUCCAAAAGUCUUGUUUGUAGGAGCUCUGGCGUCCCGAAAGUGUCUGAAAAUAGCCACUGCAGCGUUGGUGGAGGUUUCAGGAUUUUAUUCAAAAUCUGUCAAGUUUCACUUUUUAUGAGGUUUUGUAUAUUUUCUGAGAAAUCACGCUCCUCAAAUCCCUUCAUUUAAGGAAUUAGUGGGCUGAUGCUUCUGGGUUCUGCUGGAAUCCUUCGUAUUUGGCUCUUGUUAGAUUUUUAAGAUUUUCUAGCGUUGCCUCAGAUCUUAUAGGGUUGAGGUGAUGUCUAGUGAUUCAGAAAGUAGGAUUUUCAGGCCUAUUUGAACCUUUUCUUUAGGUAAUAGACUAUCCAUCUGAAAUUUCUGAAAAUUUUUCUCUUCGCUCUUGGUUAUGGUUUCUUCAACCCGAAUAGCUUUCUUUGGGUAGUUUUUUAAUCGGUGGAACACUUCGUUCUAGAUCUGUUUCGGGUUGAGGUGAUUUUCUGAGGGGAAAUGGAGGGGCGGGUGAAGAAAUACCGGCAAACGAGCCCGGAGAGGGCUAGAGUUUGGACGGAGCCGUCACCCAAGCACCAGAAUAGGAAAGUUCCGGUGGUUUAUUAUCUGUGCAGAAACCGUCAUCUCGAACAUCCUCACUUUAUUGAAGUUCCCCUCUCGUCGCCCGAAGGUCUAUACUUGAGAGAUGUGGUGGAAAGGCUUAAUGUUCUGAGAGGCAGAGGCAUGCCUUCCAUGUAUUCGUGGUCUUGUAAGAGGAGCUACAAAAAUGGUUUUGUUUGGCAUGAUAUUUCUGAAGAUGACUUGAUCCUUCCUGCACAUGGGAAUGAAUAUGUUCUUAAAGGUUCUGAACUCUUUGAAGAAUCUCAUUCAGAUCGUUUCCAUCCAAAUGGUAGUUCAAAAUUGCAGGCUCCUAAGCAAUUGCAAGAGCCCACAUCUUCUCGAAGCCAAGAGACUUCUUCCUCUUCGUCAAGCUUGGCUGGGAAGGAGACCAGGCAUCAAGAAGAGGAAAUUUCACCUCCACUUCAACGUCCAAGUCCCUCCAGCUUGUCUCCAGAUUUAAGAGUUGGGAAGAAUUCCUCUUGGGCUGGAUCUCUGAGCUUGACUGAGUACAAAGUUUGUAAGGGUGAUGGAUCAAUUGAUGCUUCAACACAGACUGAAGAAAGCAUGAAGAGAAAUAGAGCCCAGGAAACCUGUACGAGAGGCGUUUCUACGGAUGAUGGCUCAUCAGAGCCUGAAAGCAAUGUGAAUCAACAAAACCAGGCUCUGAAAGAGAACUCUGAGCUUUGUAGGGAUGAGAUUUCCCCACCCCCAUCUUCCUCAAGCACAUCAUCUUCUUGUGGGAAGAUUGAGACUUUGGAGUCUUUGAUCAGAGCAGAUGCUAGUAAGAUCAAUAGUUUCCGGAUACUUGAAGAGGAAGAAAUUCGUAUCCCUUCAAAUGCUAAAUUCAAGCCAGCAAAUGUAUUGAUGCAAUUGAUCUCUUGUGGUUCCAUCUCAGUGAAGGAUCACAGUUUUGGACUUAUACCGACCUAUAGACCAAGGUUUUCUCAUUCAAAGUUCCCUUCACCAUUAUUCUCUACUUCUGUUAUGCUGGGAGAGCUGGAUUGCCUGUCAGAGAAUCCAAGGCUGAUGAGCAUGAGAUUGGAAGAUAAAGAAUAUUUUAGUGGGAGCUUGAUUGAGACUAAGACUCAGAAGGGAGAGGAGGGAUUGCCUGUUCUCAAACGGUCUUCUUCCUGCAAUGCUGACAGGGCUUCUAAGGCAUCGGACCCAGCAGAGGACAAAGAAGAGAUGGAAUCUGCACGUUCCAAGUGCAUCCCACGGUCAAUCAAAGCAUCACUGGGUAAGCAGGCAAGGAGCGAAACAAUGAGAUCCCCUGUUUCAGAAGGGCCAAGGAAUUCUUCAGCUGGUGCAGACUGUAUGCAAUCACCUUCUUCUGCAUCAAACAUUAGCAGCAGAAGAAUGACGGAGCCUUUGGUAAAGAAAUCAUCAAAGAGCAGAGAAGAGAAGGAGAAAGUGAUCAAAAUUGAAGAAAGGCUUGCUUCAGGAGCUCGGGUUAUAAUCCAAUCCAAGGCGCCCUGUGCAAACAGCAAAGGCAACUCUUAGAGGGAAGAAAUGGGUUGGAUUGGACAAUUGGUCGUUAACUUUUCCUGCGAUGCCAAAGAAGGAGGUGUUCAGAAACAUUGUGGAAAGAAGUUAUCUCAGCUUAGAGCGUGGGAGGUUUGUAUAAUCUUGUAUUUUGGUCUGCCAUACUUCAAAUUCCGGUGCAGGGGCCUUGUUUGAAUUUUGAGGAAGAAGUGUAUCUUUUGCCUUUUUGGCGGGUUGAUGAUGAUGCUUCUGUAAAUUUAAAAAAACGAAAAAGAGAAUCAGUUCAUUGAAGAACGAGACAUGGGUGUUGGGGUGCUGAGGUAGUUUCUUUGUCAGCUUUCUUCAAUGAGAGUGUACUUUACCAUCCCAGAUCUGUCAUUCCUCCUGUUUAUUUUCUCAUUUUGCUUUAUAAAACCAACAGUUGUAGUACUGCCCACCUGCGAAACGGAGGAAAUUAUGGCUAUGAAAAAGGAAAGAAAGUAAAAGAAACUGUAUGGGUGCGGUGGGGCUGUCAUUGGCCUGCCUCGUUCAGACUGAGAGAGAGAUCGAACAAAGCUGAGUGCUUCUGUGCUUUCUCUACUUUCUAUUUAUUUAUUAACGUUUUUA